AUGUGGCUUCCCAUUGCUUUCAUUACUUUUCUCGUGUACGAAGAGAAAGAGCAGGAGAUGGACUCGAUAGUAUUGAGGCUUCCUAUUGCUUUCAUUAUUUUUCUCGUGUACGAAAAGAAAGAGCAGGAGAUAGACUCGAUAGUAUUGAGUUUUAAAUCUUUCGUAUCCAAGCAGAAAUCAGAUGUGUAUGAGAAACUUUUCGGAAGCGAGAAACAUGACUAA